UUUCGCUGUACUGCCGCAGUCACUGGUGACCGAUUUGUUCGGAACCAUGUAAAGCAGUUGCUUAAGAAUGAAUAUUCCUUGCCGGAUAUUAGUGGCUCUUAUAUUUGUCGCCUUUGUGCAUGACGUCGCUACCGAACCGCCAGGCUUCAAUGUGAAAGUUUCAAGCUAUUGCCAGAGGCCAGCUUUUGUUCGUGAUUGUCGCCCAUUAGGCAGCUGUGCUUGGUAUUAUGAACCUACACACCGGAACUGUAUGAUGGCUGAUCCCACUUCAUGUGGCACUGGCCCAAACUUGUUUUGUAGUAAAGAAGAAUGCAUGCACGUAUGCAGAGACUUGCGUACGAAAAAAGGAAAAUGGUGCCGUCAAGCACCCGUUAUCGGAAGCUGUGACCCGGUACUUCAAACAUGGCAAUAUGAUUCUCAUAAGUACUGCAAAAGGCUCAACUAUACCAUCUGUAGCAAAAUCAGCAGUGGUUUCGCAUCUGAAGAGAAAUGUCUGAACGUGUGCUCUCCCAAUCGAAACGUUAAACCUGUCUGCAGCCUCAAAACAAGGCGUAUAAUGCGCGGUGGAUGGGCACGGAUCUGGUACUUUCAUGCCGGCAGAAACAACUGCUUGCAAUUUUCAGGUGCCCUUUGUGCAAGGAACCAAAAUUGUUUCACUUCAAGAGAAAAGUGUCUGGAGAGAUGCAGUUAUGCCUAUAGGCCUACUGGUAGCAUAUGAAGUAACUGAAGAUGAACUCUUCAUAAGACGAGAGCCUAAGAGGAAAGGAAUUUCAUAGCCGUAUAGCCUGACACCAGAUUCUGUGGUUGGACGGGAACACAAUAUUUCAGGCACCAGAAUCAACAGUACCUAAAAAUUCGCUUCGUAAUUGCUUCCCCUCAAUAUGUUUCACGUUUUAUAUCAAACAGGUGUGCUAUGACCAUGGCUGUCGUUCUUGUAGAGCACCUAAAUUUUAUUAAAAUAAUAUGUUUUAUAUAGCAGAGCCAAAUAAGUCUAGCGAAUUGUUAUAUGUGACGGAGAGUUCACUGAUUUAGGAAAGCGAGUAAUUGAAUAAAUUAGGACAUUGAUUUGUGCUAAUUUUCUAAAAAAUAGGGUAACAAUGAUAAUCAGGUAUUUUAGUAUCAGCUUUCAUGAAAAAAAUUGCACUUCUUUCUGUAUUGAGUGGACAUUUUUAGUUGCGUUUUGCUGCUCCAUUUUGAACGGUAUUGUCAGAUAAAUAAAAGUCUGAAAUGAUGAGCUCAGAAGUAUCUAGAGUGUCAUUUGGUUGCGAUCAAGAAUGUGUGCUACCGGAUCUUAGUGGAAUUGGUUUACUUAUUGUUUACGAUUUUUUAAAGUAACUUUUGUUUAUUUAUGCUGUAAGAUGCGCUUGCGUGCGCUCCAUAAGUGAUGGAUGCGCACUGAAGUUCCUGCAGACAUAGGUGCACUAAUUAUUACCCUGAUACGGAUGCAGGAGCUAUAUACAUGACAGUUGAAUGUCAUGCAUGUUAGGUUUAGGUACAGCUUUUUAUAAUGCGACAUCUUCCGUGUAAAUAGUACAUACGUUGAAUAUAUUUCAGAAAGCACCUUCCUUAUUCCCCUGAAAAAAACUUGAUGGUCGUAAAGUUGCUUAAUUAUUCUAGGGUACUCAAAAUUAGCCAUCCAUCAUGGGCCACGUAUGCAAACGCGAAGUUAUUAACAGAUUCUCGGUUCUUGCGAGUCUGGUAUAGAAGGUGGGGCCCUAAUCUGGAAUUAGCUUCAGUGGCAAAUAAGGGUCAUAUUUACCCAUUUUGCAAAGGUAAGUAUUGAAACAGACAUGCGACUGAACCACGUCUCAUAUUCUGCCUUCGGUAACGUGCUUGAAAUAGCGUAGUAAAAUUAACACAAAAUCGCGUUCAUUUUGUCACGUUCAUUUUGGCACCGUUGACAUAUGUCUGGAAGCAAGUUCUUUUAUAAAGUAUCGAACCCAACAAAUAUAUUCGGAAAUUAUAAAAAUUUGGGUCGAAAUUCACCACUCAUUACCCACGGGUCGCACAAUAGUGGCUAGUACUCUAUGUUGUCCAAUCAGUCAAACACUGACGUAAAUCACUCUUGGUUGUAAAUCGAUAGGUUUAGUGGAAUCAGUCCUAAGUGGAAAACACAGCGUCAACCUCUACAUUCCAGUGUGAAACCAGCGCGCUUUUGAGACACAGCAUCGGACUGGGGACACUGGA